AUGUCAGCCCUCGGCACCUCCUCCUCCUCCCGCGCCCCUCCUAGCAACCCGUUCGACUCCUCCUACGGGUCCGAGCCCGAUGAGCCCAAAGCCGCCGACAUCUGCAACAUCCACCUCUCCGAUCACGUCCCCAUUAUCCUCUCCCACGCCUCCGCAAACUACUAUGCUUGGAAAACCUACUUCAAUCUCCUUUUCCGUGAGUACAACCUUCGUGAUCAUGUGGACGGUCUCGCCAAUUUCUUUGCCGGCGCCCACGACGCCAACUGGCUCGCCAUUGACGCCACCCUCAUCCGGUGGUUCUUCCUCACCGUCUCUCCGGACAUCUUCCACACCGUCGUUCGCGAUGGGGACGAUGCCUACACGGUGUGGACCAAGAUCAAUGGCCUCUUCACCGACAACAAGCUCCAACGGAUUGUUUUCUUGCAGCAGGAAUUUUUGGGGUGCCACCAGAACGACUCCACCAUCGACGCUUUCUGUCUCCGGCUCAAGACCCUCUCCGACGAGCUCAACGACGUCGGGUUCAAGGUGGGCGACGAGCUUCUCCUCUCGACGCUCACCGCCGGCCUCAACGAGGACUUCGGCAACGCCGCCUCCAACCUCACCCUCAUGGCCAACCCUACUUACGAGCGGGCGGUGGCCUAUCUUCGCCUUGAGGAGCGGCGGAUGAAGCACCUCCGCACCUGCGCCGUCCACACCGCGCUCGCCGCCGGCUUCUCCACCGGCGCCUCUACACCACGCUCGGCGCCGCGUCCUCCGGCUGUCCCGCACCCUACGCCGGUGCCGCAGCCGCCCCAACCUCCGCGCACCGGUGGGAACGGCGGCAACCGUCGCCGCGGUCGCGGCGGCCAACGCCAAGGCGGCGGCAAAGGGGGCGGCAGUGUCAGUCAGGCUCCCCAGCAGCAGCCCCCGCCACCCUGGGCCGGUGGCUAUAACCCCUGGACGGGGGUCGUGCACGCAUAUAGCAUGCCCGUGCCGCGGCUCCCCGCCCCGGGCAUCCUCGGCCCCGGCCCCAGCGCUCACCAGGCGCUCCUGGCUGCGCCUGCCGGCGCAUAUGGCGCGUACGGCGCCCCUCCUGUCGCGCCCCCUUCGGCGCUCCCGGCGCGUACGGCGCCCCUACUACGACCGGGCCCUUCUAGCGGCACUGCAGCAGCCGCCGCCAUACUCAGGUGGUGGCGGCGAUUGGAUUAUGGACUCCGGCGCCACCUCCCAUAUGUCCGCUCAUCCGGGUAA